GCAUUUUUAUUGACUGAUUCAUCGAUUGACGACCUGGGCCUACUAAGUUUCCUCUCACGUCAUAAUGAAGGCGUCUGUCUUGCUACUUCGCAACUCGUCUGUUUGAUAUACGUUUUGUCUGAGGAUUCAGUUGCUGUUGAAGGUAGGAGAGCCGAAAUUAGUGUUGCAGUCUAAAGGCAAGGGUGCCAGAGGCCUUGUCGCCCAAUGGUUGCGACUGAGGUAACGCCCCUGUUACCAACAGCACCCCACGGAUCUCUCACGGCCACUAUGCGAUCUAUCCAUUCAUUGCGGCCUUGACUUCAGAAGUAAAUGUCACUGUCCUUUUGAACCGGUGAAGAAUAAUUCAUGGUCAUGCUCAUUUCGGAUCAGACUGUUGGAUGAGGACAAAAGCAAUCAUUGCAAAUAAGUUCAUUCAUGGAGCAAUCAUGCGUUUCCUGAAAAGUAUACCAGUACAUGCAUAUGGGAACGAACUGGGGUCCUCAAGUUUGCUAUGUGCAAGAAAAUCCAGCUAGGGACAUCUGGAUAUCAAUUUAUACGAUGAGAAAUGGAUGACGCCGAUGAGACAACCAAGUUUUGUAUUCGGUCCAAACUCUUCCACUCUACUCCAAGUAAAUAUGAGGAAGACGCCUCAAGCACCAUGGCUCGCUACGAAAGCGCCAUCGAUAACCAAGCAGACGAGGAAAGACUGGACGACCGUUCAACCAGUGUCGUCUGGACCAAGAAGGACCAAUCCUGCCGCGACUGCUGCCUCUUUACUCUGGUCGUCCUCGCCGUCAUCCUGUGUGUGUUCUUCUUCUUGAUCGUCGGACCCUUGCUGUGCAUCCUGAAUAUGAAACGGGUCACAAGGGUGCUCAUCUUAUGGUUCUGGCUCGUCAUGGCCAGCAUCGUCAUCGGAAUGGUCCUUGCGUUUGAUGUGUACACCCCCGUAGCCAUUAUCGGCGCGGGGCGCGAACAGCGCUUCGCGACGCAGGGGCUGUCGACAUUCAUGUGCAAAGGCGUUCAAAUCAAGGCGGCGAAUCAUGAGAUAACUUCCUACCUGUUUGAUGGACAGCCUUCAAUAGAGGACAAGAAACUAGGAUAUUCGUUUGAUCGGGCCGAUGAAGUUAACGCCGGGGACUUUCAGGCCUAUCCGUUCUAUGUCUUUCCCGGAUCAUCCGUAUCCUUCGCAAUGAAUACAACAUCACAAGUGACCUUCUUCAAAAUCAAAGGGCAUGACAAUUUCACAACUUGGAGGAACAAUUACAUUUGUAAAGGCGGCAACUGCUUCGACGACUUCAGAACGAUUGAUAGAGACUUUCAGUACAACACAUCGAUGGACGAAACAGAUAUUUACUAUGUGGCAUUCGCGAAGACGAAAUUCAACGACCCAUCUCCAGCUUCUAUUUUCAUCCGAUUUGAGGUCCUGAGGACAGUGUACAACGUCACUUCAGCUGCGAACGCCUGCACGGGUCUGGAUUGUACUUUUGACUUCCGUUUUAUGUCCAACGAGACAGUUUUGCUGCACGUCCCCGUUAUGGAGAACAAUCACUUUGAGACAAUCGAAACGAAAUGUAUCCCGAGAGAUAAUGUGUAUUUAGUUGCAUUUUUUGCCGGACCGCUCGCGUUUGGUAUAAUUGUGAACUUGAUAAUUUGGUUCGGUUGCAAAAGGUGUGAGCCGGAGGACGAAAACGAGGUGAUUCCUAUGAAAUCCGGACUGAUGGCAGCCGGAGACAUGGCGCGGCGAUACAGCACGCUUUCAAUCGGGAGAACAUUCAGUCGCCGCGCCGAGUAUGACGAAGACGGAUCAAAUCUGAAUAAGAACAUUCAUAUCAAUGCAGACAGCAGCGAAAGCUCUUGGCCAGCAUGAGCGGCCAGACCAUUCAGCACUAAACACCGUAGAAAAUACCAUAUUUUAUAAUGUAAUCAUCAACAUCAUCCUUAUGCUCGGCGAAGCAAACUCUGUCACCUCUAAGUGGCGAAUCCACUGUUGCGAUUUGGGCGGCGACCGAGUUGCGAUUGGGUGUGGCAUUUCCCGCCGUCACCAAUCUAGUGACGAGAUUUCAUUUCCUGAUGCAGAUAUGCUAGUAUAACUAAAUAUAAGGAUCGCAACUCUAUCCAUUUUGGCUUACCAUCGGACGAACGACGCAGGUUGGCCUGGAUGUACCCAGUCAUAUCUUUAUCGCAUAGUGGACGCAAGCACACAUCGCAAUGACAGAUUCGCCAUUUUAUGCUAUCUGUGUAAAAUUUAGCUAAAGAAUGUGGCAGUUCUCACAAACUAGAAACUUAUUCAGCUAGCUUGAAGUUAAAUUUGAAAUGUUGCUCCUGAUUAGUUUGUUAUAAUUAAGCGCAUUUAUUUGGGGCAACAGCCACAAACUUUACUCCGUUACGAAAUAAAAAAAGAUUGGAUGGAC